AUGCAAAUCUUUGUGAAAACUUUGACCGGCAAGACAAUCACGUUGGAAGUUGAGGCUUCGGAUACGAUCGAAAACGUGAAGGCCAAAAUUCAGGAUAAGGAGGGAAUUCCACCAGAUCAACAGCGUCUCAUCUUUGCAGGCAAGCAAUUGGAAGACGGACGAACCCUUUCGGACUACAAUAUCCAGAAGGAAUCAACUCUUCACCUUGUGCUUCGUCUUCGAGGAGGAAUGCAAAUCUUUGUGAAGACCUUGACUGGAAAGACGAUCACCUUGGAAGUGGAAGCCUCCGACACAAUUGAGAACGUGAAAGCAAAGAUUCAAGACAAAGAGGGAAUUCCUCCAGAUCAACAGCGUCUUAUCUUCGCAGGAAAACAGCUCGAAGAUGGCCGCACUUUGUCUGACUACAACAUCCAGAAGGAAUCUACUCUUCAUCUCGUUCUUCGUCUCCGCGGUGGAAUGCAAAUCUUCGUCAAGACACUCACUGGAAAGACUAUCACUUUGGAGGUCGAAGCAUCUGACACCAUCGAGAACGUCAAGGCCAAGAUCCAGGACAAAGAAGGAAUUCCACCAGACCAACAACGUUUGAUCUUCGCAGGAAAACAACUCGAAGAUGGCCGCACACUUUCCGAUUACAAUAUCCAAAAGGAAUCGACUCUUCACCUUGUGCUUCGUCUUCGAGGAGGAAUGCAAAUCUUUGUGAAGACACUCACCGGAAAGACGAUCACCUUGGAAGUCGAGGCUUCGGAUACGAUUGAAAAUGUCAAAGCCAAGAUUCAAGACAAGGAAGGAAUCCCACCAGAUCAACAGCGGUUGAUUUUUGCCGGCAAACAACUUGAAGAUGGGCGUACGUUGUCCGACUACAACAUCCAAAAGGAAAGCACGCUCCAUCUUGUGCUUCGCCUUCGAGGAGGAAUGCAAAUCUUUGUGAAAACUUUGACCGGCAAGACAAUCACUUUGGAAGUUGAGGCUUCGGAUACGAUCGAGAACGUGAAGGCCAAGAUUCAAGACAAGGAGGGAAUUCCACCAGAUCAACAGCGUCUUAUCUUUGCAGGCAAGCAAUUGGAAGACGGACGAACUCUUUCGGACUACAAUAUCCAGAAGGAAUCAACUCUUCACCUUGUGCUUCGUCUUCGAGGAGGAAUGCAAAUCUUUGUGAAGACCUUGACUGGAAAGACGAUCACCUUGGAAGUGGAAGCCUCCGACACAAUUGAGAACGUGAAAGCAAAGAUUCAAGACAAAGAGGGAAUUCCUCCAGAUCAACAGCGUCUUAUCUUCGCAGGCAAACAGCUCGAAGAUGGUCGCACCUUGUCCGAUUACAACAUUCAAAAGGAGUCAACCCUUCAUCUCGUUCUUCGUCUUCGUGGUGGCCAA